AAUACUUGUGUUUCAUCUCUUCAUUAAUAUAACUGAAGUCUUUCUCUAUUGGGGUCUCCGGAAACUAACAAAGACUUUUCAAAAGCUUUUCUUCUUGUACACGCAAUACAACUCUUCUCUCUCUCUUUCUCUCUCUCAUCGGCCUCUACACAUGGCAGAACUGAUCGGCGGAGAAGUUAUGACAGAGGCGGCAAAGCAGCUCUUGGCGGUUUCUAGCAAAGCCUGGAGGGGCAAAGACACCGCCUCAAACCUCGCCGCGAUGAUCACGGAUCUUCAACCCACCAUCAGCGAGAUCCGCAACAGCGGCGUGACGCUGCCUCCCCAUCGCCAGGCUCAGCUGGGUAUGUUCUCUGAAACACUAGAAAAGUGCAAGAAGCUAGCCGAUAAGGUUCUCGGAUGCACCCGUUGGAACAUGGUUAGUCAGGUAUACUACGUUAAUAAAAUGGAAGGCCUCGAGAAGCAAAUCUCUCGUUUUCUCAGGUGGCAGAUUCUGGCUCACACCCUAGCUGAAGUUCACCUUCUCCGGGCCGAGUCUCAUGCCCGUUUCAAUAAGAUUGAUCGCAGCUUGGAUAGCUUGGAUGUGCAGAUGACCGACGUGCUCUCUGGGGUGCAUCAUCUCCAGGCCACUUCUGAAGUGCGCUUCGAUCGUAUUGACAGAAAUUUCGAUAGGGUGAGUGAGAUGCUGGGCACUUUUGAAGUGCGUCUCGAUAGUAUAAGAGGAGGAGGCGAGUUGAUACGAGAUGGGCUGAGGACGGCCGAGGCUACGAUGAUGCAGGAGGAGGAUGAUGUUGGAGAUUUUCGGGUAGGGUUGGAUUUGGGCAAGAGAAUGGUGAAGGAGUUGCUGUUCAAGCCGGAGGAUGAGGGGAAGCUUUUUGGGAUCUCAGGGAUGAGCGGUUCGGGGAAAACCACUCUUGCCAGAGAUAUUAUGCAGGACCAGGAGGUUCAAGGCCACUUUGAGAACCAGAUUUUGUUUCUCACUGUGUCACAGUCUCCUAUUCUUGAGGUGCUGAGGUCUCAUAUUUGGGCAUUUCUAACUUCUUGCACUCGUCAAACACGGAAGCUAGUGAUCCUUGAUGAUGUUUGGACAAGGAAAUCCUUGGACCAGCUCUUCUUUAAAACGCCUGGAACCACAACUCUUGUAGUCUCUCGGUCUAAAUUCGCAGAUCCUAAAGCCACUCACCAUGUUGAGUUACUAAAUGAAGAUGAAGCAACCUCUCUCUUCUGCCUCUCUGCUUUCGAUCAGAAAUCAAUCCCUUCUGGAUUCAACAUCAAGCUGGUCAAGCAGAUUGUUGAGGAGUGUAAAGGUCUGCCUUUGGCUCUGAAAGUCAUUGGUGGUUCAUUAAAAGACCAGCCUGAAAUAUAUUGGCAAGGUGCAGUGAAGAGAUUAUCAAGAGGUGAACCUGCAGACGAGACCCAUGAGAGUAGAGUGUUUUCUCAGAUGGAAGCAACUUUAGAGACUCUAGACCUUAAAACCAGAGAGUGUUUCUUGGAUCUUGGUGCUUUCCCUGAAGACAAGAAGAUCCCUCUUGAUGUUAUCAUCAACAUUUGGGUUGAACUACAUGAUCUCGAGGAGGAAACUGCUUUUGCUGUUCUUGUUGAUUUAUCAGACAAGAAUCUCCUCACUCUCGUGAAGGAUCCAAGACUUGGCACUUUGUACACUGGAUACUAUGAUAUAUUUGUGAUGCAGCACGAUGUUAUAAGAGACCUAACCAUCCAUCUUAGCAACCGUGGGGAUGUCAGCAGAAGAGUGCGGUUACUGAUGCCUAAAAGAGAGUUGGGACUUCCUAGAGAAUGGGAGAGGAACAGUGAUGAACCAUUUAAUGCCCAGAUAGUUUCCAUUCACACAGGGGACAUGACUGAAACAGAUUGGUUUGACAUGGAACUCCCAAAGGCAGAGGUUUUGAUAUUAAACUUCACCUCGGACAACUAUGUAAUGCCACCUUUUAUCUCUAAGAUGAGAAGGCUCAGGGCGCUGGUGAUUAUCAACAACGGUAUGUCCUUUGCGCAUCUAAGCGACUUCCCAAGUUUUACCAGUUUAGCCAAACUGAGGAGUCUCUGGCUCGAGAUGGUUCACGUCCCUGAACUCUCAAACAGCAUGGUUCCGUUGAAAAGCCUCUGCAAACUGUCUCUGAUCUUCUGCAAGGUCAACAGUAGUUUUAAUCAGAGAGCAUUGGACAUGGCCGAAGUCUUCCCAAACCUGUCUGGUCUCACAAUAGAUCACUGUGAUGAUCUUGUGGAACUACCUCCAACCAUAUGUGGGAUCGCCUCUGUCAACUCGAUCAGCAUAACAAACUGUCCCGGGUUCGUUGAACUGCCCAAGAAUCUGAGUAAGCUCAAGUCCCUUGAGCUUCUAAGACUGUACGCUUGCAGGGAGCUGGAAUCUCUGCCUGAAGAGAUAUGUGAGGUGCCGAGUCUAAAGUAUCUUGACGUCUCUCAGUGUAUGAGCUUGAGUUCUCUCCCGGAAGAGUUGGGAAAGCUAAGCAAGCUUGAGAAGAUCGACAUGAGAGAAUGCAGCGUAUCUAGCGUACCGAGCUCUGCGGUUUCGUUGACUUCUUUACGCCACGUAAUAUGCGACGAGGAGAGUUUGUGCAUGUGGGAAGAGGUGAAGAAGGCGGUUCCAGGGCUUCUUGUUGAAGCUCCUGACACUUGCCUCAGCAUGGAUUGGUGACCCUUGGUUGCUUGAUCUUUGUAAACUCUAUAAAUAAUUUUAAAAAAUAUUAUUUUCUUACAUGAGUUGAUU